ACGAAGUUGCUAUAUUGAUACAACUACCAGUCUACCACUAGCCCACAAAAAAAUUAAUGUAAAGAAAAAAUAUCUUCAAUAUUCCAAAAAGACACUCACACAAAAAGUUUCAAAUUCCCCAAGAUCAUUGCCUAAUAUCGUAAAUACGAGAGAAAGUAAGGCAUUUUGCAGAAGUACAACUGUUGAAAACUUCUUGAUGACCACCUCAAACGAAGGCAAUAUCCAACUACCAUUUCCAAUCCUUUAUUCCGUUUCUUUGAGAAUUUCACAGGAAAAUCAAAGAAGAUGAUGCACAUGACCUUCUACUGGAGCCGGGAGGUGACUCUCCUGUUCAGCUCCUGGAUGACUGACUCCUGGCUUACAUACUCCCUCACUCUUCUCGCCUGCGUUGUUGCCUCCGCUGUCUACCAGUACGUGGAGCACAUAAGAUUCCGCCUCAGGCAGGCUGGAAAAUCGGUCCAGGGGACGGCGGCCCAGCUGGAUGAACCUCUUCUGGAGGGGCGGAAGGCAGCGACUGCGGCAAAGAAGUGGUCAUUGAUGAGGAUCGCUGAAGGGUUGGCUUUCGGGGUCAGCUCGGGACUGGGGUACUUGUUGAUGUUGGCCGUCAUGUCGUUCAACGGGGGUGUCUUCCUGGCCAUCGUCCUCGGACUCACUGCCGGCUACCUCGCCUUCCGGACGGAGUUUGUCGACGAAACUACCGGCACCGCUGACGCUGAUAGCCCUUGUGCCUGUGCUUAAAGGAUUUGUGGGAAAACAAAAAGGCUGUUCUUUUGUUUAGGGUCUGUUUGGUUUGAGGAAAAUAAAAGGCAGCUGAGGGAAGAAUUAUAAUAUGUUAUUUGUGUUUGUUUUACUGAGGAUGUGUAUUUAGGUCAACGAAAAUGAAAGGAAGGGAAAGGAAAGGCACUGUGUGAAAUAGGAAUUGUUUCACUCAGCCUGUUGUGAUUAGAAUGUGUUUUGUACAAAGAAAAUUAAGAGGAUAAAAGGGAAGAAUGUUUUCCUUUUAUUUCAUUUAAAUCAAAUAUAUUAUUAGUA